AUGACUUUAAGUAAGUUAUGUUUAUUAAUUAGAGUUUGUGAAUUGGAUGGAAUUAGAAAGAAUGUUAAGGUUGUUAAACUUUUUACUUUGCAAAUUUUACAAUAAAAUCUUGAAUCUAAUUGAAUAUUUAUGGUUGAAAGUAUUAUGGAUUUGGCUUAACCAGAAAAAGAAAGUUUAGAAUAAUGCCCUCUGA